AUGCGCUUGGCCCACCUAGUCACCUGUUUGAUUUCCCGCCAGCAGUCGCCCGCUUUUCCAGACAGUUUUCCGGCAGUCAUCGACCGGCUUCCGCGCGAUACGCCGCUCCGCCUAGGGUUUCCACGAUUUCCACUUGCAGGGAACCGCGAUCCGGCCGGUUCUUUGGAAGAACCCGGAGAAAAGUUCGUUCAACGGGAGAGUGUUGGUCGACACCACAGGAUGAAGUCGUACAGCGCUUGGUUCGUCUUGAUCGGGUUGACGGUGUUACUCCAGAAAAGCUGCUUCGGAGGUGAGCGAUGCAUGCUGAAAAAUCAUUUCAUUGUGUUAAACAAAUUUUCCGAUUGA